CGGUUGGCGGCGGCCCCGGGCCCCCGGCGCGGGAAGCGGCGGCGGCGGGGCGGCGGCGGCGGCGCCAUGGAGCCGCGGGAGGUGAAGGACCGGAUCCUGGAGAACAUCUCGCUGUCGGUGAAGAAGUUGCAGAGCUACUUUGCUGCAUGUGAAGAUGAGACCCCUGCCAUCCGGAACCACGAUAAGGUGCUGCAGCGUCUGUGUGAGCACCUGGACCACGCCCUGCUGUACGGACUGCAGGACCUCUCAUCUGGCUACUGGGUGCUCGUGGUGCAUUUCACUCGGAGAGAGGCCGUCAAACAGAUCGAGGUGCUGCAGCAUGUGGCCACCAACCUGGGGCGCAGCCGGGCCUGGCUGUACCUGGCCCUCAACGAGAACUCUCUGGAGAGCUACUUGCGGCUGUUCCAGGAGAACCUGGGUCUGCUGCAUAAGUACUACGUCAAGAAUGCCCUGGUCUGCAGCCAUGAUCACCUGACUCUAUUCCUGACCUUGGUGUCUGGGCUGGAGUUCAUUCGAUUCGACCUGGAUCUGGAUGCCCCUUACUUAGACUUGGCGCCCUACAUGCCUGACUACUACAAACCCCAGUACCUGCUGGACUUUGAAGACCGCCUCCCCAGCUCGGUCCACGGCUCGGACAGCCUGUCGCUCAACUCCUUCAACUCUGUCACUUCCACCAACCUGGAGUGGGAUGACAGUGCAAUUGCCCCAUCUAGUGAGGAUUAUGAUUUUGGAGAUGUGUUUCCAGCAGUGCCGUCUGUACCCAGCACAGACUGGGAAGAUGGAGACCUCACAGACACUGUCAGUGGCCCCCGCUCCACUGCCUCAGACCUGACCAGCAGCAAGGCUUCCACCAAGAGUCCCACCCAGCGCCACAAUCCCUUCAAUGAGGACCAGGCAGAGACUGUGUCCUCCUCUGACACCACCCCUGUGCACACCACCUCUCAGGAGAAGGGGGAGUCCCACGCCCUGGACCUGCCAGACACCUGUACAGAGCUCGAAGUCAUCAGGGUCACCAAGAAAAAGAAAACUGGUAAGAAGAAGAAGACCAGAUCGGAUGAGGAAGCAAGUCCACUGCACCCAGCCUCUACCCAUCACACCUGUGCCAGGCGGGAGGAUGGCGACAGCCUUCUCAGCAGCCCAGGCCUUGGGCAGGGCUCACCAGACACCACCUUUGCUUCCCCCCAGGAGGAAGGAGAGGGGCCCAGCAGCACGGCUGAGAGCAGCGAGCGCUCAGAGCCCGGCCAGAUGGACCUGCUCAUCCCUGCAAUGAAGGACACCUCCAUGGAACGCUUGGGGCAGCCCCUGAGUAAGGUCAUUGACCAGCUCAAUGGGCAGCUAGACCCUAGCACCUGGUGCUCCCACAUCGAGCCCCCAGACCAGUCCUUUCGGACCGGCUCUCCGGGGGAUGCCCCGGAGAGGCCGCCAUUUUGCAACUUUAGUGAAGGGCUUUCAGCCCCAAUGGACUUCUACCGCUUUACCGUCGAGAGUCCAAGCACUGUUACAUCAGGUGGCAGCAACCAUGACCCUACAGGGACUGGCCAACCGCUGCAUGUUCCUGGUAGCCUUGAGGCUGUUGGCCAAGAAGAAGAGGGAGCAGGAGAGGGACAGACGCCUCGGCCCCUAGAGGACACUCCGGGGGAGGCUCAGGAGCCAGAGACCCGGGAACUAGAGACCCAAUUACCCCUGGUCGGUGAGGGGCCUGUGCCUGAGUUGGAGCCUGGGACCCAGGAGACUCUUUGCCAGCUCAAGCGAGACCAGCCCAGCCCAUGUCUGAGCAGCGCUGAGGACUCUGGGGUGGAUGAGGGGCAGGGCAGUCCUUCUGAGAUGACCCAUUCGGCAGAGUUCAGAGUAGACAACAAUCACUUACUCCUGCUGAUGAUCCAUGUGUUUCGAGAAAAUGAAGAGCAGCUCUUCAAAAUGAUCCGGAUGAGCACGGGGCACAUGGAGGGCAACCUGCAGCUGCUAUACGUGCUGCUCACAGACUGCUAUGUCUACCUGCUCCGGAAAGGAGCCACAGAGAAGCCAUACCUGGUGGAAGAGGCCAUUUCUUACAAUGAACUUGACUACGUAUCGGUGGGCCUCGACCAGCAGACGGUGAAGCUGGUAUGCACCAACCGCAGGAAGCAGUUUCUGCUGGACACGGCUGACAUGGCCCUGGCUGAGUUCUUCUUGGCUUCUUUGAAGUCAGCCAUGAUCAAAGGCUGUCGGGAACCACCCUACCCCAGCAUCCUGACUGAUGCCACCAUGGAGAAGCUGGCACUGGCCAAAUUUGUGGCCCAAGAAUCUAAGUGUGAGGCGACCGCUGUUACAGUGCGCUUCUACGGGCUCGUGCACUGGGAGGACCCCAUGGAUGAGUCCCUGGGCCCCGGCCCCUGCCACUGCUCACCCCCCGAGGGCACCAUCACCAAAGAAGGCAUGCUGCAUUACAAGGCGGGCACCUCCUACCUGGGCAAGGAGCACUGGAAGGCUUGCUUCGUGGCGCUCAGCAAUGGGAUCCUCUACCAGUAUCCCGACCGCACCGACGUCACCCCGCUGCUCUCAGUGAACAUGGGGGGAGAGCAGUGCGGUGGCUGUCGGAGAUCCAACACCACGGAUCGGCCCCACGCCUUCCAGGUCAUCCUUGCCGACCGGCCCUGCCUGGAGCUGAGCGCUGACAGCGAGGCUGAGAUGGCCGAUUGGAUGCAGCACCUCUGCCAGGCCGUGUCCAAAGGGGUCAUCCCCCAGGGGGUAACUCCCAGCCCCUGCAUCCCCUGCUGCCUGGUGAUCACCAACGACCGCCUCUUCACAUGCCAUGAGGAUUGCCAGACCAGCUUCUUCCGCUCCCUGGGCCUAGCCAAGCUGGCCGACAUCAGCGCUGUCUCCACCGAACUGGGCAAGGAGUACUGCGUCUUGGAGUUCUCCCAGGACAGCCAGCAGCCCCUCCCACCCUGGGUCAUCUACUUGAGCUGCACAUCUGAACUGGACCGAUUCCUUUCUGCACUGAACUCUGGGUGGAAAACCAUCUACCAGGUGGACCUCCCCCACAAGGCCAUCCCGGAAGCCUCCAACAAGAAGAAGUUUGAGGACGCCCUGAGCCUCAUCCACAGCGCCUGGCAGCGGAGUGACAGCCUCUGCCGCGGCAGAGCCUCCCGCGAUCCCUGGUGCUGAGGCAGAGCUGCCUGGCAUCCCAGUGGGGCAGGACAGGGGGCACACCGAGCAGCACAUACUGUCAUGGCUGUGUCAGCGUGCUGGUGGGGGCCAAGCUUCCAUCCGAGUGUUCUGCAGCCCACUCCCAUCCUGGGUGGCAGAACCACCAAGUGGGGCUUGAGGCAGAGUCGGCCCCCUCCCAGGGGUCCAGAACAGGUGUUCAACCCCCCUGGGUAUCCUGCCCGCAGAUAGGCACUGGAGAGUGCUGGGGGCAGAGGGUCCAGGCCCUGUGGGCUCUGCAGACAAACGGCCUCCUUCCUGGGGCCACCGCCUCAGUCCACACCAUCACUCCGGGAUGGUGAUGGAAUAACAUUGACUCUGAGGGAAGUGGAAGGACUGGGAGGGCAGGAACUUCUUCCUCUCCUGGGUCAGGGCCCAGGCUGAGGCUCGGGCUGCCCUGGGGCCCCUGAGUGCCUGGCCAACAUUGUUCAUUUUUGAACAUCCGCCUGGCUGUGCAAGGAGCUGGAACACUAAGAUCCCAGUGCAUGUUUUCUCCUAACGCCAUCCCCAGGCACACUGCUGCUGCCUUCCAGGGCCCAGGGCCAUGGACUAGGGGCCGGGCUGGCCCUCGCUGGCUACCAGGAGGCCCUGCAUGUCCACGGCCCCCUGCUCUUGCCUCUCCCCAAACCCGGCAGUACCCAUAGGACCCAGGAAUCAGGCCAUCUCCUUCUGCAGGGAGCAAAGGGGAGGGAGGCGAGCUUGGAGAGGAGCAGAGCACCAGCCUGGUGUCCAUGUUGGCGCCUCCUGGCUGUCCCCUGCUUGGCUGAGCCGGGCCUUUUCCGAGAGCUUUGUCAGGAGCCCUCUGGGGGAAGGGGUCAGGUGGUCUGGGUUUUGUUUUUUAAAAUAAAAUAGACAUGUUAUAUUGCCAA